AUGGUGGAAUGGUUUGUGGAGGACUUUAUGGAUGAUUUUUCUUUGUUUGGUCCUUCCUUUUAUGAAUGCUUGACCAAUCUUUCUAAAGUGCUUGCCAUGUGCGAGGAGACUAAUCUGGUAUUGAAUCGGGAAAAGUGGCAUUUUAUGGUAGGUGAAGGUUUUUAUCGUCGACUUAUAAAGGAUUUCUCAAAAGUUUCCUCUCCUUUGUUCAGGUUGUUAGAGAAGGAUGUGUCGUUCAAGUUUGACGGUGCUUGUCUGAAAGCAUUCGAGGUGCUGAAUAAGAAGUUAGUGAGUGAACCAAUCAUAGUGGCUCCUGAUUGGAACGAGCCAUUUGAGCUGAUGUGUGACGAGUUGCUUGUUGUAGUGUGGGCGUUCGAUAAAUUUUGGGCCUAUUUGGUUGGCAUCAAAGUCAUCGUCUACACAAACCAUGCAGCCAUUAGGUUAGAAACUCGGAAUCAUGUAGCUGAGGGAGAGGUCAUCAAGGACACUUUCCCAGAUGAGCAAUUAUUGGCCGUUACUGCUGGGGAGGUGCCAUGGUUGAGACUCUUUUCGAGGAAGCUCAAAUCGAGAUGGUUGGGCCCAUUUGAGAUAGUAGGAGUCACUCCACAUGGUGCAAUUGAGCUGCACAUCUUAGAUGGCGAGAGAACGUUCUUAGUGAACGGACAAAGAGUGAAGCACUAUUACGGAGAUGACUUUGAUUGUUAG